AUGAUUGUCGUCGAUGCUCAUUUGAUCACUAGUGCUCCCAGUUGUUUCAACAAAUGGAUGAAGCGGAUCAACUACGUCUGCAAGUACCCCACAACUAAACACCCCUGCUUCCGCAAUGCCAAGUCGAGUAGGUUUUUUUGAGAAAUAAUUUUAAUAUUUUCAAAUGUAAUUUGAGUAUUAUCUAUUAUUUUUUUUUACUUUUUACUUAAAAAUUCACGCAUAUUUUUUUAGUUUCCCAAGACGACUUUACGGCCACGGCUGCUAAAAUUUCAAUCGAAUGCUGUUCGAAAGGAUGUAGACGUGAAGAAGUGGAAGACUUUUGUUGCACCACUCGCGGAUGCCUAGAGAAAUGCUACCAUAAAGUUCGUCAUCACAAACCAAAGUAUCAAGACGAAUUGGCAAGCGUAAUGUUGUUGCUCAAGAAGAGUGCCGAAGAAAAGAACAAAAGUAAGUUUUUCUAAAUGACUUUAUAAUAACAAGCGAUAGUUUUAAAUAUCACCUUUUUAAAUUUAUAAAAAUUACAAUUAACCUUUUCAGAAAAGUUCGUUCUUGAAGAAGCUGAAGCCGAAGAGAAUUGA